CACGCGCUAUACCGACCACUCAAAAACCCCGCGACCCGUUCGAGCACACGACUGCGGCUGCAACGCUCACACAAAAAUCCCUUCCCUCCCUCGCUCCCGUGCCGCGGCCAUGGCGCUCGUCUCGCUCUCGCUCUCGCCCCCGUGCGCGCCCGCCUCCUCGUCUUCCUCCAGCCACCUCCUCACGCCGCCGUCGCUCGCUGGCGGCAGCGGUAGCAGGAGAGGAGGGCCACGGGGCAACGCAGGCCUCGCGCUAACGCUGCCGGCCGGGCGUCGGGGUCGGGAGUGGAGGGCGCCGGUGUCGUCCUUCUCGUCCUUCCUGCCGUCCUUCUUCACGGGGAGCAAGAGGAAGGAGGAGGAGGACGCCAAGAAGGCGGCGGCGCUCAAGGCGGAGCUGCUGGCGGCCAUCGCGCCGCUCGACCGCGGCGCCGAGGCCACGCCGGAGGACAAGGACCGCGUCGACCAGAUCGCGCAGCGGCUGGAGGAGGUGAACCCGACCAAGGAGCCGCUCAAGUCCGAGCUCCUCAACGGCAAGUGGGAGCUCCUCUACACCACCUCCACAUCCAUUCUCCAGCCGCAGAGGCCAAAGUUUCUGAGGUCAUUCGGGACGAUUUACCAAGCGAUCAACACCGACACCUUGCGAGCCCAAAACAUGGAGACACUGCCUUACUUUAAUCAGGUUACUGCCAAUUUGGUGCCUCUCAACUCUAGAAGAGUGGCAGUUAGGUUUGAUUACUUCAAAAUAUUUAGCCUGAUCCAAAUCAAAGCACCUGGAAGUGGCAAAGGUGAACUAGAGAUCACAUAUCUUGAUGAAGAGCUCAGGGUUUCGAGAGGCGACAAGGGGAACUUGUUCGUGCUCAAGAUGGUCGACCCAUUAUACCGAGUUCCGUUGUAAUAAUAACAGUAGCUAAAUGCUAGUGUCUACGAGAAUCAGGUGUCAACUAUCCAGAAUGUUCUUUUUCUCGUGAUACAGGACGGGUGUAGAUAUUGAUGUUUGAGCUUAGUCUAUACAGCUGAUAGCACAUUUGAACUGACAGAACUCAGAUGUGUCGACGACGAAAUGGGUAUAUAUAUAUAUGUGUGUGUGUGUGUUUGGUCCUAAA